GCACGCGGUGGUUCCGCCCGACGCGCGCAGGCGGAAGGAGCGGAGCGGCCCGAGGCGGUGGCUCCGUGAGGGUUCCCCGGGGGUCAGGGGCUUCCCGAGUGCUCCCCGCGGUUGGCUGCGCCAUGUCGGCCGUCCCGAGGAGCUACAACCCUUUCGCGGAGGACGAUGAGGAGGACGCGGCGGCGGCGGUGGGUCCCGGCGGGGCGGGCGAGGCGGACCGGCAGCGGUACCUGCAGCAGGAGGUGCUGCGCCGCUCCGCCGCCUCGGCCGACAGCACCGCCCGCUCCCUCUCGCUGCUCUACGAGUCCGAGCGCAUCGGCGUGGCCGCCUCCGAGGAGCUCGUCCGUCAGGGAGAGGCCCUGAAGCGCACGGAGCAGAUGGUGGAUAAAAUGGACCAGGACUUGAAGACAAGUCAGAGGCACAUAAACAGCAUUAAGAGUGUUUGGGGGGGCUUGGUAAACUACUUCAAAGCCAAACCUCCAGAGAGCAAGCCAGAGCAGAAUGGAGCCCCUGACUAUUAUGGUAACAGCAGAUUGAAAGAAGCAAUGAUGUCUAGUAAAGAGCAAGAGUCAAAGUACCAGGAAAGCCAUCCAAAUUUAAGGAAGCUAGAUAAUUCAGACAGUGAUUUCAGCAAAGCAGAUUUAGUUUCUUCAGUGCAAAGGGAUGAUUCCUACCCUAAGAACCAACAGCUGCGAGCUUACCACCAGAAAAUUGAUACCAACUUAGAUGAGAUGUCUUCUGGGCUGAGUCGUCUGAAGAACCUGGCCCUUGGUCUGCAGACGGAAAUCGAGGAGCAGGAUGACAUGCUGGAUCGGCUCACCAGGAAAGUAGAGACACUGGACAUCAAUAUUAAAAACACUGAUAAAAGAGUCCGACAACUUUAAAGGAUUUUUAGAAUUCUUUUUGUCCGGCGUCAGUUCAUCCUGGAUGUCUCAUUUCAACCCAUCUCUUAAAAAAUCUUGGGUAGUAUCUGUUUCUCCUUUUUUCUGAUACGUCAUUGGUUUUGUUGUCCAUAAAAUUCCAUAGGCUUAAU